GCUGCCGCCUAUCAUAGGGCGGCAGCUUUUACUGAUGGUGUAACCAAAGGACGGCGACGUCAUCGCUGUCCCGCCCACACACGUCUGCCAGUGCCCAGCAGCGGAAGUGGCGGCGUUUCCUGGAGACCGGGGACAGCAGGCGGAGGUAUCGUAGACGAGGAUGAAUGUUGGGGUGGCACACAGCGAAGUGAACCCCAACACCAGGGUGUUGAACAGCCGAGGAAUAUGGUUGGCCUACAUAAUUCUAGUAGGUUUCCUUCACAUAAUCCUUUUGAGCUUUCCUUUCUUCAGUGUUCCUGUUGUCUGGACCCUGACUAAUGUCAUUCACAAUCUGGUAAUGUACCUUUUCCUGCACACUGUAAAGGGCACUCCAUUUGAGACACCUGACCAGGGUAAAGCACGGCUCCUCACGCACUGGGAGCAGAUGGACUAUGGUAUCCAGUUUACCUCUUCUCGCAAGUUUCUCACAAUAUCCCCAAUUGUUUUAUACCUCCUUGCCAGCUUUUACACCAAGUAUGAUGCAGUCCAUUUCCUUAUCAACACAUUGUCGCUGCUCAGUGUCCUGCUGCCAAAGCUUCCACAGUUUCAUGGUGUCAGGAUUUUUGGAAUAAACAAAUACUGAAUAGAGGACAAUUGUAGUAGUAUCUUCACACGCUGGCCAUCAGAUGAUGAAUCUACUGCAUGUCAGAACAUGUUGGGAAAGUUAAUACUCGUAAUGGUGCUGAAGAUAUCUGGCUAUAUAUUUUGAAAACCAAAAUGAGUGCUUGUGUAGAUAUCUUUUCUAAUGCAUUGCUCCAAGAUCCAUGCAGAUGGAUAAUCAAACUAUCAUAUACAAUGCUUAUUGCUGCAGCCAGUGUAGAAGUGACAUUCUGGAUACAACCAUUACAAGUUAAGAAGAAGAAAAAAAAAAACAUUUGCUUUGUUAUGGAUGUCUUGUUUGCUGACCAAAUAGAAAAAGGGGAAGAGUUCACACAUUACAUAUAGUAGCUGUGACUGUAUACUACAGUGAUAAAGGAAAAUCCUCUAUACAUACAUGAAGGUGUCCUACCCCCCCCCCCCCCCUUCCUUCAUAUUUAUCUUGUGUCUUUAGUCUGCCAUCCAUAGUCUGUGAUGCAAUGAUCUUCUUUUCUGUUCUUAAUCCAUAUCAGUUUUGAGGUUUCAUCAGUGUUCUUCACUGAAGCCCUCCGGUUUGUCUAAAUAUAUGAAAACUACAGAAUGGGGGGAAUAAACAUAAUAUAGCCUAGUAACAUGAAUUAGCUGCUAUGACUAUAAGUACAUUUGUCCCAAUAUAUAAACCCAUUUGAGUGGAGAUUGUUGUUGAGCUAAGUUUACUCAUAGAGACUGACCAGCCAUUUUAUGUUUGGAUGGAAAUGACUUGCUGUCCGAGUACUAGUAGUAGCUGAAUGUGGAAAACUGGGAAAGGACCACGUACCAGUGUAAUAGUAAGGGUAAAGGGAGGUUAUUUCUGGACAACCACUUUAAUGCUGCACACAUUGGAUCAGUGAUCCAUGCAUGAGCUCAUUCAUAUCAUUGAAUAGAAAUACACAUAUGGGCCAUGUAUUUUUAGUCUAAUUUACACAUGGUAUAAUCACAAACAAUCUCCUCAUUGUUUUUUUGUAUGCGUUUUGGCAGCAGUAAAUGACUGUUGCUACAUCAAGCACUUACAAGGAACUCAUUCCUCCUGAGCUUAGUGAUUGUUAUAUGUAAAAACACAAGUUUUGUCUUGUUUUUCUUCUGUGAAUUGCAUAGGAAAAUAAAUAUAACUGGCGCUCUGGAAAUGCAGUGACAUGUACUCUGCCCUCAUGCCUUCCUACAGCAAAAACAUUCUACAUGUAAUGUGGGCAGUAUUCAAAUACAUUCCCUGAUGUAAAGUAAACUUUAUUUCUGAUUAAAUUUGUUUAAUCUCCACUACAACUGACAGUGGAGCGAUUCAGUCUGUUAUGUGAUACACAGUAGCACUUAAUAGGUGGGCUAUGGAACCAUGUCUUUUCCAGUUACAACAAACUAUGGCAACUGAACGCCUGGCCUGUAGACUGAGGCAAACCACUGCUAUGCUCUUGUCUAUAUGUUUAAAAAAAAAAAAAGAUAGACUUUCAAUGGUCGCAGGCCAUGGAAUCACAUUUCUUGUAAGAAUUAUGAUGGACAUGGGCAACAAACAUGGGGCAGAUGUAUUAACCUGGAGAAGGUAUAAGAAAGUGAUAAACCAGUGAUAUGUGCAAGGUGAUAAAGGCACCAGCCAAUUAGCUCCAAUAUGUAAAUGAACAGUUAGGAUCUGAUUGGCUGGUGCCUUUUAUCACCUUGCCCAUAUCACUGGUUUAUCACUACCUUAUGCUUUCUCCAGGUUAAUACAUCUGCCUCAUGGUGUGCAAAUGCAACCUCACCACACUACUCCCUUUCUCAACUAGUGUGAUAUGAUCAUUUACAAUUACUAGCCAAGCCUAUACCUUCCUCUAUGCUCAUCUUUGCUGCAAUGUGGCAUUCUGCAUCGCGCUGUGACUAUUCACAGCUGACAAAAUCUCCAUUAAUUCCAUGCAGCAUGCCGCAUUGCAACAAAGAUGAGCAUGGCUGCAUUUGUACAUUCCUUUAAUGUUAAUGACUGUACAAAAGUUUGAGUUGUAGAAUAAAAUAGAUCAGCGCAUCCUGUAAUCCUGACACUGUAGUCUAUGCAUUUACUAUGCUAUCCAUGUAUGAUUAUCUACUUUACAGUAAUGCUUUAGAUAUUUUCUAUGACUUUACCAGCUCCUUUUGAACAAUAUGACUACAUGAUAGAGGGGGGUUGUUGAAAGAGAGAAUAUCGGAGUAUGAGAAAAGGGUGGCAAGUACAGACUAUAUCCCACAGGCUCCAUUGCAGACCAGUCUUUAUUUUUAUUCCUGCACUCGAACUUCUGAUAACCAGAGGUGUCCUGUUAAUGCAUUUAAAUAAGCACAGUCUACUCUAACAAGCUGUGUGCAACAAGUCCUGCAUUUAAUGUGUGUUGUGAAAGGAUGUUUAAUAUGCUGAUUUUAGUUUUGCACAGAGAAUGAGUGACAUAACUGCAGACCAAAGCUUUUACCUUUCCAGUGAUCAUAAUUCUGGAGCCUGAUCUCUGUGUGUGUAUAUAAUGUAUAUUUCAGAGAGAUACCAUAUGCAAAUAAAUUCAAAAUAAUACA